AGGGGAGUGCGAGGCACAGAGUGCCGAGUGCCAACCGGCCGGCCCGCACUACCAGUAUUUGUAAGAUCGUUGCGGCAGGCAGCAUCUCGCUCCGUACAGCGCUCAAUAGUGUGCGAAAAAAACAUAUUUUUAUUUUUUUUCUUUGGCGCGUAAAUUACACGAUGGCCGCUACACAAGAAUUGAGCGGUAUUCUUUCAAGAAGGCAAGAAAUUAACGAUAAACUCGAAGAGGGCGUGGAGGUUAAGCCGAAAUAUAAAUUCGUAAACGUUUAUACGGAAUUUCACGAGUUCUCCAGGAAGGAAAUAAAACAAUACGAACAGACCUUUAACAAAUUCGACGAAGGUCGUGAUGGCUAUCUCGAUUUGACCGAGGUGAAGCGAAUGAUGGAGCGAUUAGGCGCCCCGCAAACCCAUCUCGGACUGAAAGCUAUGAUCUCAGAGGUCGACGAGGACGGCGAUAACAAGAUCAGCUUCAGAGAGUUCCUACUUAUAUACCGAAAAGCAAGAGCCGGAGAAUUAGAAACCGAUUCUGGUUUGGAAGCGUUAGCAAGGCUUACAGAAAUAAAUGUACAUCAAGUCGGAGUGAACGGAGCUAAAAACUUCUUCGAAGCUAAGAUCGAAGAACUCGCGAAAAGUAACAAAUUCCACAACGAAAUAAUACAAGAACAGGAAGAAAAACGCCGGGAAGCCGAGGAGAAAGCACUUCGAAAACAAAGAUUCAAUGAAAAAGCUGCUUUAUUCCAACACUGAUAAAGUCAUUAAUUGUAUUGUUAUAUUUCUAGUCUGUAAGCUGUUACCAUGGCUUUAUCGGAGAAAAUACAUUGCCAUAAUUGUCUUAUUGGUAUAAACGAAAGCAAAA